AUGGUGGAAAUUACGGAUAUCGUGUGCCUUCUCGUCCCGCUGGCGAUGCUGGCCGGCUCUACCUUCCAGACCGACGUGAAGAGCGUCAAGGAGGCGGAAAAAACGGGGAAUUUCAUGGAAGACGAGCAGUGGCUGUCCACCAUUUCACAGUACAGCCGCAAGAUCAAGCACUGGAAUCGCUUCAGAGAUGAGGUAGAGGAUGAUUACGUGCGUACUUGGGAUGAAAAUCAAGGUUCGAAUGACAAUGUAGACACCACCAAGGACCCCUGUCAAAAGGUUAAGUGCAGCCGACACAAGGUGUGUAUCGCCCAGGGCUACCAGCGAGCUGUCUGCGUCAACCGCAAGAAGCUUGAACACAGACUGAAGCAGCCUGUGCUCAGGUCUCCUGAUGGAAACUGUCAGCCCUGUCCCAUCUCCUCCACCGGGCCUGUGUGUGGGUCGGACGGGCACAACUACGCCUCAAAGUGCAAGCUGGAGCAGCAGGCGUGUCUUACAGGGAAGGAGCUUACCCUCAAGUGUUCAGGUCUGUGUCCUUGUCCAACUGCUGCCCCGACAUCCAAGGAGAGUAAACAUGAGAGCUGUACCGGGCAGGAUCUGGCUGAUCUCGGCGAGCGUCUAAGGGACUGGUUCCAGCUACUGCAGAACAAUGCCAAGCAGAACAACAACAGCAAGCCGGGGGCCCGAGCCACUGCAGCCAGCACCACAUCAGUGCUGGACAGGAGCCUGGUGGCCAGCUGUAAGGACUCCAUAGGCUGGAUGUUUUCCAAGCUGGACACCAACAGCGACCUUUACCUGGAUCAGGCUGAGCUGGCUGCCAUCAACCUGGACAAGUACGAGGUCUGCAUUCGGCCCUUCUUCAACUCUUGCGACUCCUACAGGGACGGCAAGGUCUCCACCGCUGAAUGGUGCCUCUGCUUCUGGAGAGAGAAGCCACCCUGUCUGGCCGAACUCGAGAGGAUCCAAGUACUAGACGGCGGCAAGAGAAAGUUCGGCCGAUUCAUUCCCAGCUGCGAUGAAGACGGCUACUACAGGAAGCAGCAGUGUGACAGGGGAGAGUGCUGGUGUGUGGACCAAAACGGAGGAGAAGUAGCCGGAUCUAGGAUUCGCGGCAAGCCAGAUUGCGAUUAUGAAAUGGCAUAUUCAGGUGAUUUUGGCAGCGGGGUCGGAUGGGAAGAUGAAGAAGAGAAAGAAGCUGAGGAGACUGCAGAGGAGGCCGAGGAGGAGGAGGGAGAGGUGGGAGAGGUGGAUGACGGGGGAUAUAUCUGGUAAAAGGCCAACGUGUAAUCCAACCUCUCUACAGGAGCAACUCGAUGGUCCCAAACACAAUCACACACACACACACACACACACACACACAAAGAUCCUGCGAGGAGAUGGACGUGAUGAAGCGCUCACACUCAGAACAACACUGGCUCAUGAAAAAGCGAGGGAGAAGAGUUGUGCACGGGUUUGGGAGGGCGAAGCUGCAUAUGUUAUGGGAGUAUUUAAUGUUACAAAUGGGCAGGGGAGGGGGAGAUAUCACUAUUAAGAAAUUAUGGGUCUGGAGUCAAGAAUUUUGUCCUUCAUACUUGUGAAUCUUUGUUCUCUUCUGUUGUAUGUCCUUUGAACUAUCUUUGAGCAGUUUUUAGCUGAUGCAUAUUGGAGACUUUAAGAAGCUGCAGGUGCUUGUCAUGUGCUUGCAUUAAAAAAAAAAAAAUGGAGCAAGACGGGGAGCGUUUCAAUAGUCCAAAUUGGCCUCUUUCAUCUUUUACGUUUUGCCGAUUGACUACAUUUAUCGAACCAGUUUUGGUUUUAAGGCAGGAAACUGGGAAUAAAGAGAGGAGGAAGCCACGUUGGAACAUUGAAAAAAAAGCACCCUUUGAAUUUACCGUUUUCAUGUCAUAUGCUUCGGCUCAUGUGUGACAGUAGUGCUCUGUCUCAUUCAUGACCUAUUAAGAAAAAGUUUCUCACGCAUCACUCUUUAGCUUGUAUAUACUGUGUGUAUCAGAAGACAGAAUGUCACCUAUUAGUCCCGUAAUCAAUGCCUUGAAAGACGAGCAGAAUAUACUGCUUAGUUGACAAGUGUACAUCGUAUCAUAAUGUGGAUCAAUUAUUGUGUUUAUUAAAAAAAAAUAAAAUAAACUUAUCUAUGUGGCCCAGUCGGCCACCGUACA